AUGAGUGCGAAACGUUUCCAGAACCCGUUGCAUAUGCCAGGUAGGCUGCAGCAACAGAAACCGCCCAACCCUCAACAGAGGCCCAUGGCGCAGCCUCCACAGCCAAUGCCUGGCCAACAACCUCGCAAGCAGAAUCCAGGAACCCAGCCGGUAGAUCCUCGAAGGAUUGUGGUGGACCAAAUCAUCCGUGAUUGCUAUUCCAAGACCACCAUUAGGGACGGCCAAACCGUGGCGGAAAUCAAAUACAAUACCCACUUGGGAAUUCGAGAGUAUUCUCAAUACCCUCAGCAACCUCCACCCACUGACAUUCCACCGAGCCAGAUUGGCUCGGUCAAGAACAGAAUCUUGACCGUGUGCACCAAGCACUCGGGAAGAGUCUUUUUGCAAAAAGGCAAAUACAACGACACAAAACAUGUGUUCCAGAUUGGACGAACCUGGGACUUGGAUGAGCUACUGGCAAUCACUCGUGUAGGUGCUGAUGCGGUAAUCAUGCUGUUGAACAAGGACUAUUAUUGGAAAUCUGGAGAGGGCACGGACCGCUUCCUCAAGUUCAUUCACCAUUUGGCAGUAAUCUUUGCCAAAUUCACUGGAAAGUAUCCUCAAAUCAAUGGCUUCAAUCCAGAGGAAUUGAUGCUUCCUCCAUUAAAGGAAAUUGCCCCCAACGCACCAUUGGCUUCGAACGCUAAGCGUGAGGCGCCUCCAAAGAAGCCUUCGGGGCCUCCGGCUCCUCCUCCAGAAUUGGCCCUGUACUACGGAAACAUGGAUUUCACAGCCAACGGGAAGCUUCCACUGAAACCCAUGAUGGUCAUGGAUGUGGACCGUCCGGGUCCUCCUCUGAACACUCAAAAGGAGCCCCUUGCAGCGGCCCCAGCAUCUCACAAACCACACCCAUAUUCGCAGAUUUCUUUAGCGUCGCUGGAAAACUAUUACGACUCCCAGAAUGAUUCACAACAGAGCUUUGUCUUCAGCCCAGACGUCUCGGAACAGGCACAGAAGCUGAUGCCGACUAUAUCUGAGUAUGCUCAAGCGACUGGUAGAACGCUGCCCUUGCGUAAAUACAAGCCUGAAGUCAGAGAGGAGGAGCCUGAACCAGUGGUGCCUGGCUCUUUCGACAACGACUUAGUUGCUCGAAUGGAUGCAAAUCAGACAAAUGAGUCUCUCAACUUCCACGUUGAGGUUCCUAUCGCUGCUCCCGUUGCUAAUCCCGUAUCUGAUACUGUUUCUGAUUCUGAUUCUGUUCCUGUUCCUGUUGCCGUUGCCCCUGUUGCUGCACCUCCCACCAUUAGCCACGAAGCAGACUUUGGCAUUGAGGAAGGCAUUCUCUCCGAAGACGAAAGCCAUCAAAAUAUUGUUCCUCAAUCAACAAGUUUACUUCCGGAGACUUCGCAUUACGAUGUUUCUGAGAGCCAUCAAAAUAUUGUUCCUCAAUCAAAGAGCAUACUUCCGGAGACUUCGCAUUACGAUGUUUCGUCGGAAAUUAUUGAGGAAUCUACCCAGAUUGACCCCAAUAAUGCCAUCGAUAAUUCAAUCCGAGACAUUGAAAACUUCAUGGACACUCAAUUCGGUCCCAGCACUAGAUUGUCACAGGCGUCUCUGAAGCCAGAUGCGUUCGAAGAUUCAAGAAGUAAUUUAUCUUAUGACGAUAGACUGAACAGAAAUUCUCUUCAGUUGAAUGCUCGUGCUGAGACCCCCGCUACUGAGCCAGAGAUUCGAACCAUGCCCAAGUUCGAAAAGGAUGCCGAGGUGGAGGAGAUGUUUGAUGAAAUAGAAUGGAGCACGACAGACUCCAGUGACGCGUUCGUCAAGAAACUUUCAAGAGAGUUAAAUGAAAUCAAACGCAGAAACAUCCAUGAGCUCAGAUUCCUCGAUUUCGGAAAGGAUACUCUCGCAAACGAAGUUGCAGUUGCUUCCAAUGAAGUCGAUAACUUGGUGGAAGUGUUCAAGAAAAUGGAAGUCUCUUUGAAUUUGAUUGGACCCAAGAUUGACGACAUUGAGAGUAACUCUAAGGGCUUGCAAGUCCGCGCGGUCAACAGGAAGAUUUUGUUCAAUGACUUGAGUGAAAUCUUGAACAAAGUUAGGGUAAGCCCAAAAGCUUUGGACAAUAUUGCUCAUUAUAACUCAUUCCUUGAUGUGGAGACCGUGGAAUCCCUUGAACAAGACUUGGUCAUCCUCUUCGAUGCCUUGGGGACCAUUGGUAGCACUACCGAUGAAGACUUGAGUAACAUGAAGGCUUUGAGACAGUUCCAAGACACUUAUGCAGCUACGUCGUCGGCUUUCAUAAGACAUUUCGUCGAGUUCAUGCUGGAGGAAUUUAGAAUCACUUGCCAGGAGCUUGACAAAGAGGUCGACACUUUGUAUCCAAGAAACUUGCUCGCCCACAUGAGCAACUUCUUGGCUUACAGUGGUCUCUCUAAUUUUGUGAAGUGGGUAUCUGAAAGAGACUUGAGAGUUCUCAGUGAUAACCUCAACAGUUAUCUUUCCCAAUUCCUUGAAAGCUUGCUCAAAUCUCGACUCGGUGCCAUUGCUGGCUCUGCCGAGAACGGGAAGUCCUCACGUUUGUCACAGAAUUUCGAUCUGCUCCGUAAGAGCAAAUCAAGAUUUGGCUCCACAAGACUCAUCAACAAAUUUGCAUCUUCAUCUGAAGAACGCCGUGUGCAAAGAUUGUCCAUUAGUGGACCAAUUGUUGCAAGAAACAGCGAUGAGAUUUCUGAUCCGAAGAUUAUCCUUAGAAUGGUUCACGAGACAAACGAGCUUAUCACCGUUGUCCAAUAUUUCUCUGGUAGUUUCUUCCAUUCGACUUCGAUCAUAGAGUAUUCAGACUUUGUGAAGGCAUAUCCAUUUUACGAGCGUAUGCAAGAGUUGAAGGACCCGAAUUUGGAUGUUAUUAAUUACAAAUCCAAUUCCAAUGACCUCUUAAAGAGUAUGACAGCGAUUUUCGGUAACUACGUCAACAGGUUCAUCAAAGAGCUCACUCCUUCAGAGUUGAUCACUCCUCAGCUCUUGCAAGAGUUGUACAGAUUAAUCGACGAUGCAACCAGAAGAAACCAAGAUUUCAUGACUUUCAGUUUCAUGUUCAAGGUUGUUGACAGGUACAAAGGAAUUUGGAACAAGUUUAUUGCCAGUCAGGUGGAUUUGUUGAACAAAUCUGAUAUUAGGCCGAAGUCAGGUGUCUUGCCUGUUGUCCGCAACUUAAACCAAAUCCUUUUGACCACGGAAACUUCGCUUCUGGAAUCUAUUCGUAGAGAUCAAGAAGGUGCACAGUCUGAUGUUGACCAGUUGAUCAAGGAUUCCUACUCGAGUCUCACCAAAGCAGCCGUGGAUCUUUUCAGCAGAGACGAUCCGUUACUCAAAUCCAAUUCACACGAUGAGAAGGAGCGUGCUCAUCGGAACGUUGCUAUUUUGCAGAAUGUUUUUGCCAUUUGUCAGGAGUUGAAAGAGUUGAACUCUGCCACCACAGCACCAGUGCAGAAGGAAAUGACAGACGUAUUUAAGAAGGUUGAGAACGAGUAUUUCGAGUACUUGUUCCAUCGCUAUGUGGGCAAGAUGUUCGAUUUUGUCAAAGGCUAUUCUGGGGCGGAAAGUUCCAAACGCAAGAAAGACGAUAAGAUUCUUGUCCACUCGUUAGCCACUACGCAUACGUCCAAAGAAAUACAGCCCAAGAUUGUGGAACUUAACCACAAAUUGGAGAAGCAUUUCAUUGUGACUAACAGUAUGGAAGAAAUUGAUUUGGUUAAGAGAUUAUGGGCUGAUUUGGGGGCCGAGUUUGUUAGCAUUUUCCAGAGGUUUGAUGGUAUCGUCAAGGCUAAUGACCGCGAUGCUCAUAUGUAUGCUACGCCUUCAGAAAUUCGUCGGAUGUUUGAAAUUACGCGUUCGACAAGAUAA